CUUGUCUUUCUGGCAAAUGCCUGCCCCGCUACCGGAGUAACCACCAUGAACAUAUCCUACUGCGGCUGGUUCGCUCGCUCACAUUCUUGUCGAACGGUGAUCGUGUCUCCGUCGUUCAGCAUCAAAUCUCGUCCGUUUUUGCGGCGCAAUGCUAGGUUCUACGCGACCCAUCGCGAUACUCCAGACCUAUCUCAGUCACUCGACACAAGGAGACAGCGCGUACGGCCUGCAGAGUCUGCAGGCCCAUUCCAGCUUGGUGUCUCCCAGUCGUCGUUUGGAUCCGAGGAGAAGGUGAAAAAGUGGUCGGAGUUGAGUGCCACAGGCAAAGUGAAAAGAACAACGGCCCGAACCACCAACUUGACCGUCAUUCUUUUUGGCGCUGGACUGUCUGCUGUCCUUGUAUACUGUCUCACUUCUGAACUUUUCUCAAAAAAUUCACCUACGGUGCUCCACAAUGAUGCUUGCGAACGUCUGAAGGCCUCUCCUCAGGUCGCAAAAUAUCUUCAUGGACCACUAACCUUCCAUAAUAAUCCACCAUCUUUGGGGAGACCUCGCCAUAGGAAUCACCAUGUCACCUCUGAGAUCAUGCUCGAUUCCACCGGUCGCGAACACAUGUUUUUGAAUUUCUUCGUGCAAGGGCGUCCACUGGGGGAGGUCAAGUCGGAGUCAAAAUACGAAGCUGUGACCGGCUGGAUACGUGAUGCCUCCACAAGUAUAUCAGAAUUGACGAUUGACGGUGCAACCGAGUGGAUGAAGGAUCAAAAGAUAUAUCUUUCUGAGCAAUUUAAGCGGGUAUUCAGGUACCUGACUGGGGCACCUGCACCUCCAUUAUCGCAACCAGCCUUUGCAUCUGCCGACACUGGAUCCAAGGAAAAGGAAGAGAGCACCGUGUGGCAGUUCGCGGGCAUGUUUUCUUCCUUACGGCGGUCACGAGGGAAUACAGAGCCGCCAGCGGAUGGUAGGGUAUUCACUGACGGAGAGGUUCAUGCUGAGCUUGUCAUGAAUAACGACGGGUAUUUUGUGUUCAGAUAUAUUCUGGUUGAUAUACCAAAUUCGCGAGAACAGCACCCGAUACGAGUGUUUGUCGAGAGAACUGGGGGCGUAAGAGAGCAUGAACCUGUCAAGCGGUGGUAUGCAUGAAUGUUCCCGAUUUUGGUCUGGAAUUCUAGCAAGCGGUUGGGGCGUUGAAGAAC